AUGCAGGCAUACCGUAAGCUCGCAAAGAAGCUUCAUCCUGAUGUUGCUCCUGGCAAGGAGAAAGAGUUUAUGGAGAUCGCCAAGGCCCAUGAGGUAUUAAGUGACCCUGAACAAAGAAAGAAGUAUGAUACAUUUGGGGAAGAAGGUGUUGCUGCAUUCUCUGGUGCACAAGGAGCAGAAGGAGGCUUCCCUUUUAGUGAAUUCGUGAAUCUAUUUGCUGGUGGUGGUGGUUUCGGUGGUGGAGGAGGUGGGGGCCCCCAGGGGGGCCCCUCCCGCAUGCGUUUUGAAUUUAGUGGUGAGGUACCUGAGUACCUAAAGGGUUUUGGGGUUUGGAGGGGGGGGAUGGUCGAUUUAGAGUUUGCUGCUGUAAAUUGUCGUAGUCAUCGGCAAAUACCUUUAUGUCGUAAAGGAAAAAGAUAUCCAACUGUCUUCUUCUUUGGGGAGGAUAAAGAGGCAGAACCUAUUGUAUACACAGGGAAAAGGAAGUUUGAGGAUAUUCUUGCAUUUAUAAGUGUUAUUAUUUGCACGAAAGAAGCCAGCCCCCCCUGA